AUGACAAAACCGAAGCAACUGAGAUCCGAGAGCUCCAAUGCACGUCAAGCGCUCGACCAAAGCGCAGCGCGUUAUUAUUCUCUUUAAAAAGAUUUUUGUCCUCUUCGAGAAAAAGAAAAAAGAAAAAAAAAAGCAAGGGAGGGUAGAAUCGAUUGAUAGAUCGUAAGUUUCGUGUUUUCGAUAGCACGAUCGAAGAACGAUGAUGAUUUUUUUAACGUACGGAAAAGGGGAAUCCCAGUACAAGAAGAUGACUCGAGAAAAUAGUUUUCAACUUUACGGCUGCUUAGUCUUUCUUCUAAUCAUCCAGCUACUAUUAUUACCAAGGGAAGGGAUUAUCGUUGAUGCUAAAAUGGAAGCACGAUUUGAAAAAUGUUGCGGUCUUGGUACUUCAUGGGCAAUGGAAAAUCUGAAAUGUGAAAAAUUCACUGGACCGGUCAAUGGGGUACCUAGAAUUGAACAAGGCCUCUGUUUAGAAACUGUAGAUAUUUGUUGCGUUAAAACUUACCACGAUCAACAAUGUGAAAAAGGAAAAGCCGAUGCUCGCAAUGGUUUAGCUUGCGUUACGAGCAGCAGCGUGAAAAUGCCAAGACGAGGAGAUUAUCAUCGCGAUUGUUGCGAGGGUUGCAAGCUCGGAAUACUUACCGGUUCUAUGGGCCAAGGUUGCUCGUUCAAAACAUUCUCUUUUGGAAUCCCAUGGGAUCCUGCGUUUUUACAAUGUUGUUACGAAGCAUUACCAAAUACUACAUUGGCCACAGAUGCUUCAGAUUCAACAUUUUCAUCCGAUAGUAGCACGGAAACCAACUCUGAAAUGUCUUCGCCAAGUACCUCAAUGACAUCUUCAAUUUCGGAAUCGUCUCCUUCCUCUUCGUCCUUUUCUUCUUCUCCUUUGUCGACCGAUUCGACGACGAUUCCUACCCCUCCGUUGGAUGAUAUUUGUCAACUGAUGAAAGGUCUUCUCUGUACCGACAUAUGUAUACCAACCCCAGAAUCUUAUUAUUGUGCUUGUCGUGAAGGAUUUACCCUUUUAGAAGAUGGAAAAACUUGUAGACAAGAUUUACCAACCGAUAGAUGCAAAUAUACAAAUCCUUGUGAGCAAAGAUGUACGGACACUGGUGUAGCAGUCCGUUGCAGUUGCAAUCCUGGAUUCGAAUUGGCUGAUGACAAGCGGUCCUGUAUUCCACUAUCAACAACGGAUAGUACUGAAUUGAAUGAUAUCGACGAGGACAACGAAUUGUCACCUUUUUGUCCUGCUGGUUAUCGUUAUGAUUCAACUUCACAGGUUUGCAAUGAUAUAAACGAAUGUUUGGAAAGAAAGAUUCAGUGUCCAGGAUUAUGCGAAAAUACCAUAGGAUCUUACAGAUGUAUUACACAUGCACAAAAAAGUGCAGCAUAUGAAGCUUGUCCUCCUGGAUAUCAGUGGGAUGCUAGGACUAAAGUUUGCACAGAUAUCGAUGAAUGUGUCGUAUUACCAAAUGUUUGCACAGAAGGUACACAUUUUUGUGUAAACACGCCAGGUAGUUAUUCCUGUCUUAAAAUGGUAGGUACGAAAUCGUGUCCUGCGGGAUUCAAGUUCGACAAGGUAUCUCAGAUAUGCAAAGACGUAGAUGAGUGUGCUGAAAGAAUACAUAGUUGUUUGGAGACAGAAGAAUGUAGAAAUAUUGCCGGAGCUUAUGAAUGUGAUAUGAAGUGUCACGAGGGAUUUGUUUAUAGCAUUAGUUUUGGAAGUUGUAUUGAUUUAAACGAAUGCAUCGAAUCAACUAUGCCUUGUCCCGAACCUGGAACACAAUGCGUUAAUACGAUCGGUGGUUAUGAAUGUAAAAGAUCAAACAAUUCUAUUUCUUUUGGUUCAUCGUUAAACAAAACUGUGAGAAACUAUGAAUGUCCUCCUGGUUUUAAAUUAUCAAAGAAUCUCACGGAAAGUUGCGUGGAUAUUGACGAAUGCAGUGAACAACUUCAUAUCUGUGAAUCUGACGAACGUUGUCUUAAUGUAAUUGGUAGUUACAGAUGCGAAUUGUUAGUAUAUACAGACGAGAAUUUAAAUGACGAUCAACAAGAACAGGAACAACAAACCAGAGAGAGAAGUACAAUUUUGUAUAGCAGGGGCUAUAAAACUGGAAUGCAAACUACGAUGCCUGCUAUAGGAAACGUAAAUAAUUUAUCAUGUAAUUCUGGAUAUAAGUUUGAUGAGCAGAUUAGACAGUGCGUUGACGUGGAUGAAUGUGUUAGUGGGACAGCUGUAUGCGGUAUAGGAGAACGUUGCGUGAAUUCCAUGGGUACUUACGAAUGUUAUGCAGCCUGUUUGCCAGGAUUUAAGCCCUACGGAGAACCUGGAUCUAACAGAAAAGAAGAUUGUCGAGACAUAGACGAAUGUUCACUUGGUUUGCACACUUGCAAGAAUUCUCAAGUAUGCCGUAAUACCAAUGGUUCUUACGUUUGUCAAACAUUGACUACUACUACUACGAGCACGACAACGAUCAGAACAAGUACUGCGGAUUGGACUACUUUAAGGACUACGAUCAACUCUCGUGCGAAUAGGAAACAAAUCAAUGAUCGUCAGUGGAAUGAGGAGUCAUGUGGAUUGGGAUACAGAAGGGAUUAUGAAACAGGACAAUGCAUUGAUAUAGAUGAAUGUGUAGCAGGACCAGGUUGUCGAGAUUACGAACGAUGUCAUAAUACUAUUGGUGGUUACGAGUGUUCUCCGCUUUGCAGCACUGGUUGGUACUUCAACCCGACGAAGAAAAGUUGUGAAGACGUUGACGAGUGUUCUUUAGGUAGACACGAUUGUCAACGAGUGACCCAUCAAUGCAUCAACACAAAUGGUUCCUAUCAUUGCCAGUUGAUACCACCUUGUCAAAAUGGAUUCAAACGUGAACUUAUUAAUAAUACCUGUGUUGACAUUGACGAAUGUUCUGAAAAUCUUCAUAAUUGUCGUUUAGAAUUUCAUCAGUAUUGUGUUAACAAAGUAGGCAGUUACGAGUGUCUAACACGUUUGCCUUCCUGUUCAUCGGGUUAUAAAUAUUCUUUGCAAAGCAAUAGUUGUGAGGACGUAGACGAAUGUUUAACUGGUGAACAUACCUGUGAUAGUAGACUUUCAUUAAGAUGUGUAAAUCUUCCAGGUACUUACAGAUGUGAAGGACUAAUGAUACCCGAACAACGUCCAACUCAACGACCAGCUUGUCCUUCUGGAUUUAGGUAUCAUCCAAGAUUGAAAAAAUGCACAGACAUUGAUGAAUGUUCCGAAGGACUGGAUAGUUGUGGGGAAGAAAUUUGUUACAAUCAACCAGGGGGUUAUAGUUGUGCGAAAGCACCGGUACCAAUAACAAGAAGGCCACCUACGACUCCAAUGACACCGUCGGCCGAUCAAAAAUGUUUGAGAGGUACAAAAUUUGUAAAAAAUCGUGGUUGCGUUGAUAUCGAUGAGUGUCGUGAAAUUGAGGAUGCCUGUAGUAGCAACGAACAAUGUAUUAACACUAUGGGAAGUUAUAUUUGUAAUUGUAGAACUGGAUUCAAACGGGAUAAUUUUACGCAAGCUUGCAUUGAUAUAAAUGAAUGUCAAUUAAAGGAAGAUUCUUGUCUACCAACCCAACGCUGUGACAAUACUAUAGGAAGUUAUAUUUGUAUAAGACAUUUACCUUGUGGCACUGGUUAUACCUUAAAUGCAGCGACUGAAAUAUGCGAGGACAAUGAUGAGUGUCUUCUUGGUACACACGAUUGCACCGCAGGCUAUCACUGUCGAAAUACUAUCGGUUCUUAUCGUUGUGAUCGAAAUUCACGAGUGACAACUCCUCAGGCACGUCCUCAAAUUGCUACGACAACUUCGACGACUACCACGACGACAAUGAUACCAUUUACUGGGACUCCCAAUAUUCAACAACGUUUUACCUGUCCACAAGGUUUUGAAAUAUCUGGUGAUAAGUGUGUAGAUAUUAAUGAAUGUGAAAUAAUUCAACAUCCUUGCAGUAGGGCCAGCCAACGUUGCGUCAAUACUAUUGGCUCAUACAAAUGCAUUUCGAGAGUAAUAUGUGGUAAUGGAUUUACUUUGGAUUCUACGACUGGUCAGCACUGCGUAGACAUAGACGAGUGUGCUGAUAACAGUCACGAGUGUUCUUCUGAACAAAUCUGUGAGAACAGACAAGGUGGAUACGUUUGCAAAUGUCCACCUGGAUAUACCGAUGGUCCUAAUAAGGAUUGCGUUGAUAUCGACGAAUGUAGUAUUUACGGGAGUGGUAUAUGCGAAAUGAAUAGUCGUUGCGAGAACACUGCUGGUUCAUAUAGAUGUAUUUGUGAUGCAGGAUUUGAAAGCAUUGGCAAUGUAGCUGGUGGAAUGUGCCAGGAUAUCGACGAGUGUCAAAGAACUCCAGGAUUAUGUCAACAUUAUUGUAAAAAUGUUUGGGGUAGCUAUAGAUGUGGUUGUAAGCCAGGCUUUAGAUUAAACGCAGAUAAUCGUUCUUGCACCGACAUAGACGAAUGCGAAGAGUUCAAGGAAAAUAAUCUUUGCAUAGGUAUAUGCGAAAAUACACCAGGUAGCUAUAGUUGCAAAUGUCCUGAUGGUUAUAGGCUUGGUUCCGAUGGUCGAACAUGUCAAGACAUUGAUGAAUGCUCUACUGGACAAGGUUGCAGUGACCCCAACGAUACCUGCCAAAAUAUACGGGGUGGCUUUAAAUGUAACAAAAUUCAUUGUCCUUCAGGAUACGUAAAAGAUCACGAGAGACGAAAUCGCUGCGUUCGUGCAUCGAGAUUUUGCAAGCACAAUGAUUAUACUUGCUUCCGAAUGCCUUCUUAUUAUUCUUUCAACUACAUCACCUUCGUUAGCAUGUUUCCAAUACCAGACAGUGGCAGUAUCGAACUCUUCACUAUGCGAGGAACUUACCAACCAGGAUCCAAUGUACAAUUCACUAUGGCAUUUGUUGAUGUACGCGCACCUCCUGGUAUUACUCGUGCCACGGAAUCUUGCUUUGCACUGAGAAGGCCUUUAAUUAAUCAAAGCGUUUUAGUGAUGACCCAAAGUAUUCAAGGACCACAAGAAAUCGAACUUGAUCUCAGUAUGGAGAUUUAUCACAAUUCAAUUUUCGUUGGUAGCGCAGUCGCCAAACUUUUUAUCUAUGUGUCGCAAUAUGAGUACUGAAUGCGUUCAAGAUUUUAUAUUUUCUUUUUUCAUAUGUUUCCUUUCUUCCAUGUUGUUUUAUUCGUAUACCUACAAACUUUUCAAGAAAAAAGGAAAUUUUAUUGAAAAGAAAA